GCACCGGCUGCCGGGCGGGGGCCUGGGCCGGGGCCGCGGACGCUGGGGGCGCCUCGGCCGGGCUCAGCCUUUAGAAUGGAGAAUCCGGGCGGGGUGGGAGCGCCCGGGGUCCCGGAAGUCACUCCAGGGUCGAUUUCUCGCCGGGUGCGAGGCCGGCCCCCUCGGAGUGCUCCGGGAGGUGGUGCUGGGCGUCUGAACGUCGCAUCCCUUCCUGCGCCCGUGUGUGGGGUGGGAAUGCCGGGUGUAGGCCCUGGAUCAGAGCUGAUGGGGUUGCGAGCGGCGUGGGGUGUGCCUGGGACGGUGACCGGAUGUGUCUUCCUGAAACGUUGUACUCAAUCUCCAGUUCCCUCUGUUUCUACAGCUGGGCCUCAGUCCUCACAAGGCUCUAGUGGGCUUUCAGCCAUGCCAGGGGAAGGCGCUCAGGGAAUUAACAGGACCCUUCCCUCUCCUCCCCCUCCCUCGCCCCUGCCACGUCUCCCCCUCCCUCCUAUGUGGUAGGUACUUCUCUAGCACCCCACAGCGAUGAUGGAUGCUGACCCUUAAGCCAGGUGGGAAACCAGGCUGAUCCAGCACCUGUCUUUCCCUGUUAGGGGGAUUGCCAGGCUUCUCAGAUUUGGGGCAGCGUAAUCAGUGAGUGACCAUGGUUCCCAGCACCGACCCUCCACUGCAUCUAGUCUUAGACACUGCCGCCCUGCACUGUAGCAUGUACCUAAACAAAGUGUGGAGCCUGAAGGAGAAAUUGUGGGAAAUCCUCGCCUUCCGUUAGACCACAUUCCUUGCCUUUCUCAAGAUUUUUCCAUGUUGCCCACCCUGUUUUUGUGUUGUCUUCCUUCCUUGCCCUUGUUUCAUUCCUUUUGAAAGCGACCACUCCCCUGAAGUUCUCGGACCCCCUUCGUGGGCUCUCCCUGUUGUAGACAGCCUGUGCUUGCCCCUGACCCAACAUGAGUGAAGUUACCUGCAAGAAACGGGAUGACUAUUUGGAAUGGCCUGAGUAUUUCAUGGCUGUGGCCUUCUUAUCAGCACAGAGAAGCAAAGAUCCAAAUUCCCAGGUCGGCGCCUGCAUUGUGAAUUCAGAAAACAAGAUUGUCGGGAUCGGGUACAAUGGGAUGCCAAAUGGGUGCAGCGAUGACCUAUUGCCUUGGAGUAGGACGGCAGAAAAUAAGCUGGACACCAAAUACCCAUACGUGUGCCAUGCGGAGCUGAAUGCCAUCAUGAACAAAAAUUCGACCGAUGUGAAAGGCUGUAGUAUGUAUGUCGCCUUGUUCCCUUGUAAUGAAUGUGCGAAGCUCAUCAUCCAGGCAGGUAUAAAAGAAGUUAUUUUCAUGUCUGAUAAAUACCAUGAUAGUGACGAGGCAACAGCUGCGAGGCUCUUGUUUGAUAUGGCUGGGGUGACGUUCCGGAAAUUCACACCGAAGUGCAGCAAGAUUGUCAUUGACUUUGAUUCAAUUAACAGCAGACCGAGUCAAAAGCUUCAGUGAGUUACAUCUCAUUGAAUCUCCAGAAGAUUGGGAUUAUCCUCUUCUAAGAAGCUGCUAAUGCCUUUCAUCUUGAAGUUACACAUAACUUUUUACUAGCCAGUACGGCAAAAGUCGACAUCUAAAGAAUAUAAAGCCUCAAAUCUUCCUUACUGUCUCUCCUGUCACAUGGAAUCUGCAUCUGUUUGAACUAUUGAUUUAGGGUUUAAAAUAGGGGAGCCUGUGGUGGCCUGGUGCACUGGGCUAGAACAAGGGUGCUUCGCCUUCCUGUGUCCUGGCUGGCUGGGAUGCUUGUGGCUCUUCAGAGGAGCAUCAGCCGUCUGUCAUCCGCUGCAAUCCGGCAGCCUCUCUUCACUGCUACAUGUGCUGGAAGGACAAAUAAAUAAUUGUUGUUGUGUUCUUAGCGGGGACGAGCAGACACGCUGAUCUGAACAUCUGGCCCAAGUGAAGCAUGGCAUAUAGUGCCCUUGGAAGAAAAUUAGGCCUCAGAUGACAGUAGCAUUGAAGUCUUUGCUGCGGAGUUGAGGGAAACCCCCAGCCACCCUCCUGGAAUCUGAGAUCGGGCGGCACAUCUGUCCUGACAGACGAGGAGCGUGACUGAACCAGGAAUACUGCCUCCAUCCCUGCUCUCCCGCUGCACUCAGGGUGGUGGCACGUUAUCCCUCUGGGGGUGGGGCCCCCUGUUGUUUUGGCUCAGUUUGGGUUUGUUGGUCACGUGGAGCUCUUCCAUUUCGUUUAGCUGAAUAAUGAGUUGUUCCUAGAGGAGACAGCCUGUCUCUCCUUGUUACCCCCAAAGCCCAUGCCCUGCCGUGGUGGCAGCUGGGGCUGUGGAUGGGAGGGGUCCCCGGUGUGGAUGUGUUGCCCCUCCUCCGCAUGCCAGCGUGGUUCAUUUACAAGCCCCUCUGCAACUGGAGAGAACAUUAAUUCCUGUCCCGGAAGUGGAUUGUGAGAAAUUCCGCCCACGUGGAGACAGUUUAUUGCAGCACUAUUGGUGUUCAGAGCUCCUGUGUGCCCUGGCUCCAUGCCUUCAUCUACACAAACAUCACCUUCCUAAUCACCGCGGGGUGGGGAGCAUGUGGCUGUGCCCCUUUAAUCUCAUUUAAUUUUUAUUAAACAUACUCAGUACCUGUGUUGAGAAAAGGCUUUCUUUAUCCUAAAGAUUAUUACCUUUUUAAAGUGCUCUUAUAUUUUCAUGAGUUUUUAUUUUGUCUCUGAGGUUUUGUAUUCCACAUUCUAGGGUAUUCUGUAAUUUGGCUCACCAAUAUUAAAAUCUUAUUAAAAUCUACCUUACCA